AUGGCCUUCAUUCGUUUCUUCGUCAUAGCAGUUUUGAUUUCAAACUGCGCUGCUGAUUUAAUCGACAAAGACAUCGAUUAUGCCGUUAGUGCGCAAUGGUCAAAGUUUAUGGCUCGACUGACGAGAACGCUAGGCCAUCAACAACCCAAAGAACGUGAACUGAAUUUGCCCGAAGAAAGGCCUACUGUCGAUGAACGACAAGACGCUGCUGACAACACGGCGAGCGAUGGAACUAAAGCCUCUAGCAGUACCGAUGUUAAAGCCAGCAGUAGCAGUAGCAGUAGCAGUAGCAGUAGCAGUAGCGGUAGCGGUAGCAAUAGCAACAACAAUAGUAAUACUAGCAGUAGCAGCACAGGCGGUUCGAGCAGUAGCAGUAGCAGCAGUAGCAGCAGUAGCAGUGGCUAG